AUGAUGGUGACUUUGAUCUUUUGCAUAAUACUUUCCCAGCUACGACUCGUGGAAAUGACGUUUACUCGUUGGCCACGGUAUCAGGAACAACCUUUGGACAACGAAUUGUCUAUCAGGAGAAGUAGCAAACCUUGGAACCGCAGCCAACUGCUCGGUGAACCGUUGAACCAUCUACAACAACUACUAAACAGACCGAUUUGUUCCUGCGAAACGCAGUACGGGGGAAUAAUAGACCUCGGCGACAACCAUUACCCGAGAUUUCUAAGCGAGUCUUAUUGUAAACCGCAAACUGUGCAAAGGAAGUUUCCUCGUUGCAAACUACUCAACUAUACGGUUCACGUGCUACAGGCACGCGAAGGAAGCGAGCCCCGGUACUUGUACGACAGCGUGUUACGGGAAACGAAACUUCCGGAACGUUUUCGCUACGAUUGGCAACUAAAACCGAUACAAGUGGGGGUCGCCUGUAUACCCGACACAGGAAGCUAAUAAAAUUGGUUGUUUCGCCCAUCGUCAAAUGGAUUACUUUGCGUCUAGGUUCACCAAAGCGGCACGACUCUUC